AUGGAUAAGGAUGUUGAUGCGUGUAUGGAGAAAUUAAACAAAAUGGAAUGGGGAGAAGAAGAUGAAAGACACAAGACCGCUCUUUUGCUAUUUGGUGAAAGUGUUGAUGUUAUAAAAGUUUGGUUACGACUUUCACAUACUAGUUGUGAGUCGUGGGUGAUGGGUGCAGGUAGGAAGUCAAGUAUGGUUUCUGAUGGUGAAGUUGUAGCUUUUCUUUUACUUGUGUUUUAUAGGUUGAGGUCAAACCGAUGCAGACUAAUCAGAAUUCAUAGAAUUAGAGAUAACGAUUCAAGCGGGUAUGCGUAUACGCAAGAUUUGAUGUACGAAGACCCUACACAAUGUUACGAUAUGAUGCGUCUUACACAAGAGGCGUUUGCUUUAUUAUGCAACCAUUUUACCCAAAACAAUUGGUUGCAAGCUAUUAGGACAAUAAGCAUUGAAGAGAAGAUGACUAUAUUCUUACAUGUUAUAGGACAUAAUGAACGUUUUCGCGCGGUUAAGGGAAGAUUUCAUCACUCCACGCAAACGAUUCAUCGAUGUUUUCGUGAGGUCCUAACUGCAAUGAUGUGUUUUGCAAAAGAAAUUAUAGUACCAACAACUCCUAAUCCAACAAGACAUAACUCGGAACGACAUAGACAGUUAACAAUUUUUUUUUCCAGAGCAAUAGGUGCAUUAGAUGGAACUCUUGUACAUGCGGUUGUACCCGUUGAUCAACAAACUCGUUAUAGGGGACGAGGAAAAGGAGAAUGUUUUCAAAAUGUUAUAGGAAUUUGCGAUUUUGAUAUGAUAUUCACCUUUGUUUGGGCUGGAUGGGAGGGUAUAUCACAUGAUUCAAGAGUUUUGAAAGAAGUUGCAUUCAAUUCGACUUCUGGAUUUCCAUUUCCUCCACCGGAUAAGUAUUACCUUUGUGAUGCCGCAUAUACAAACACUCAUGGGUUUAUGGCUCCAUGCCGCAAUAUUAGGUAUUGGUUAGCCGAUUUUCGAAGAGGAAGACCUUUAACUAGAGAAGAAAGGUUCAAUCAUGCUCAUGCACAACUUAGAAAUGUUAUUGAGCGUGCUUAUGGUGUAUUGAAGGCGAGAUUCCCAAUCUUAAAACAAAUGACUCCUUAUCCUUUUACAGUGCAAAGAGACAUAGUCAUUGCUUGUGUCGCGGUCCAUAAUUUUAUAAGGAAAUACAAUAUAGAAGAUGACUUGUUUAGAAAUUUUGAGGAGGACACUAUGGUUACUCCUGACGUCCAAGGUGGGGGGAUUGAUUGA